ACCCCCUUCCCGGUGGUUCAGUUAGAUGUGCACGACGUUGCUCUCAGCGGGAGGGACAGCAGAGAAAUAAUUGUAAUGGGGACGGAAGGGGGCGACUGACCAGUGCCGUGAAAACAUGCCUGCUGUCCCCUUCGACAAAAGGAAACUUUCUGAUGUCCGCUCUCUGCUCCGAUGCGCCGACUAUUCGGAAACAAGAAGUCAAUGUUCCAAUCAGACUCAGGAGCAAGUUCGAGCUGGGAACCGUUCCUCCUUUACUCAAAAUACACAGCACAAGCUCCACCAGGAUAUGACUCAGUCCUGGAUCUCCCAACAAACUUUGGAGGGUGAGAAUACACAGCGAAUCCUCUAUAAACCUAAGGAUGUUACGCAGCCAUCCAUACAUCCAAGGCAAUCAGGUCAUCAGGGGGAUCCACAGCUGCGAAUGACCCGUCACCCUCAUGUGGCCCCUCACAAAUCCAUGCUUGCAGAUGAUCUGAAGCUGAGCAGUGAUGAAGAGGAUUCCCAAACAGUAAAUCAUGAGCCAGCAUGGGAUAGCCACAGCCGGACAGCCCAGCGAGUGCUCUCACAUGGCAGGAGGGUGCGACAUUCCAGCUCCGAAUCCUCUGACUCAAACUCCAGUGUUGAGUCGAGCACCAGUAGUCUUCACUCCCAGAGCUCCAGUCCUCACCCCGAAAGUGUGUCACCCACCAACGCACAAGACCCCUGCAGCAGCAAAGAGCUCGGUCAACGUUCAGUGGCCCAGUGGCAGUUGAAUAAGUGGUGGAGGAAGGCCAGAAAGAAAUCAUCCAGCGGUGAACAGGAUCCUUCUGAGAACAUUCCUGGAUACCCGCCCUCUCCGUACGCCCAAAGAGCCCCAUCACCGGCCAGGUCCUGGGACAGCAACCAAGAAUACAGCUCCUGCCAAAGUCCUAUUUCUAUCCCCCAUUUCAAUUAUAGACUAACCAGCAGUCCGCCUGUGCCAAGCCCUGGGUACCCCAGCCCAGUCCCCAAUACCAGCUCCAGUUCCAGUCCAAGACUGAGUCCAGUCCCUAGCCCAGUUUUAAGUGUUUGUCCGAGUCCAUGUGGAAGUCCUAGAGCCAGACAGCUUAGCCCACUGCCAAGAGACCCUCCACGGAGCCCCAGUCCUACUUUACCCUCUGCUCAUCAUCAAGAGCAUCCUGGCAUUCAUAGCCACCUGCAACCAGCUACUCAGGUGAAAAAAAGUAGAAUAUGGAGUGACCAUUUGUCUAAUACUGAAAAUACUGAGAAUAAGAAUAGGAAUAAAACUAGUACUGAACAGCUCCACAAAUCUAAACAAAAAUCUAGACACACAGAAGAACAAAAUCAUAGUAGAUCAAAGACUGAUACAAUUUCAAGCCAUAAUCACAAAACUAAGCCUAAUCAUUUUCCUAGCUCAAAACCAGUUUCUGACAUUUCCAAAUCCAAGCAAACCACAGUCCACUGCAGCAAAUCUAGCCACAAGCCUUCCUUUCAACAUAACUCUCAUAUAAACUCAGGUUGUGAGACCAAUAACAAGACCCAUCAUAGCUCCCAUUCCCAGCCUACCACCAAUAAGAAUUUAAACUCCAAACCAAGGCCAACAUCUACUGCCACUUUUGUGCAGGAUUUAAAGCGCUCAGUGAGGAAACCAGAGUCUAAGGAGCAGUACAAUGAACAUGUAGAUAUUGAGGGUAGAGAACACGAAAGAAAAAAGCAUAGCACCGAAGACAAUCAACAGGGCAAAAGGGAGAAACGAGAAAGCAGGAGGCUGGCGGAGGAGCAGCUUAGACGCCCCUGGAUCCAGAGCUCAGAGGACGACUACGAAGAGGAAGCACCCGCAGAGCAAAGAAGGAGCAGAAAGGAGAGGGAACAUCGCAAGAGAGACCAGUUACAGAAACACGAAUGGCACAAAGCCCAGGUCAAUCCAAAACCACCCACCAGCCAUCACCGUCUUCAGGAACAAAAAGACAAAACCAAGAAGGGACGGACCACCAUUUCUCCGCGUGGUUCCCCAACACCCCCUAGUCCAUCCCCCUCUUCUACCUGGUCCUCAAGUGCAGAUUCUGAAUAUCAGGCCCCCAUCACAAAGGUCCCUGCAGACUCAACUUCCCAAAAAACUGUUCACGGAAGGUCUCGUGACCCAAGUCGGCCCGAUGUCAACAGGUCAAAGUCAGCACCUGUCCGAAUAGGUAUCCCAUGUGAGAAACAACAAAGCGAGUGCAGACAAAAACUCUAUACUUUAGUCCCAUUUGGCCGUAGUGAGAAAAGUGCAGGAUCCUCUCAGCGUGGACUUGGAAAUUUGGUGGUGCAAAUCGAUCUCUGUCUCCUCAAAAGGGUCCCAGACAGCACUACCCCUCCUACUGUCAAAAAGAUUCCAUCACAGGUCUCUUCUGCUACAAAAGACAAACACAGCGGGGCUAUGAGACACCUGUAUGUCCCUGAUGGCAAGAGAAAACGCAAGAUGGAGAAUGGAGUCUCACACAGACAAAGUAAAAGAGGUAUAUCCUGUGCAAAUGAAUCUUCAGGUCCAGCAGCUGACAAUCACAUUUUGACUGAAACUACACACAGUAGGCCCAUAGAUGAGUAUUUGGACAGUAAAAGGCCAUUGUCCCCGGUAUCACCAUUAGCUGACAGUCCAGUGUUUAUUAAGCCUCCUUUCCAAAUCAAGACACCUGAGAAGAACAGAGACAAGAAAAGAGAUGUUGCGGUCAAACCAAAGAUGGAGGUGGAAUCUCUCAAAUGUUCUCAAAGCACUAAACCAUCUACUGAAUCCUGGGGCCCAUCAGGACACAGAGGGGCUGUGACGCUUCCUGAAACUCAACACCACGCAGAGUACUAUUUACAUGAAGCCAAGAGGAUGAAGCACCGGGCUGACGCAAUGGUUGACAAACUUGGAAAGGCAGUGAAUUAUGUGGAUGCCGCAUUGUCUUUUAUGGAGUGUGGAAAGGCAAUGGAACAAGGUCCUCUUGAAGCAAAGUCUCCCUACACAAUGUAUGCAGAGACUGUUGAACUUAUAAGAUAUGCAAUGAGACUGAAGAGCCAUUCAGGUCCAGGAGCAAGACAGGAAGACAAACAACUGGCCGUUCUGUGUUUCAGAUGCCUUGCACUUCUGUACUGGCAGAUGUUUCGCUUAAAAAAGGACCAUGCACUGAAAUAUUCCAAAGUUCUGCUUGAUUAUUUCAAGACCUCUCCUAAAGUGCCUGUUAGUGCCCCUUGUUGGAACGGCUCUGCAAAGAGCCCUGGAGGACAUACGUCGUCACUCUCUCCUAAUGCAAAAAAUCGCAGCUGGAGUUCACAUGGGGCCAACACGUCCUCCUCCUUCAUCAACAUUCCCCACAGAAUCCACCAGAUGGCAGCAAACCACUUAAACAUUACCAAUAGUGUAUUGUACAGCUAUGAGUACUGGGAGGUAGCAGACAGCCUAGCAAAGGAGAACAUAGAGUUCUUCAACUACUUGAACACCUUAUCUGGCCCACUGACACUCCACAGCAGCAUUGCCCAUGCUGUGCAGUACACCAGGCAAGCUCUGCAGUGGAUACGCAUUAGUGCCAAACUGAACUAAGAAAGGCUGGAUUUGUCACAGUCCGUUUGCUUUAUUGUUGGCUCACUUCAAAAUGACCAAGUGCAGAACAUUUGUCUCUAUAAUGAUACAUUUUUAUGUCAAAUAACUGAGGUGCUACUGUGUUGUUUGGAGUCUAUUGCCUGUCAUCCUCAUAGGAUGUUAGUGUGCUUUCACACACAUGUCUGACUGAACAACUCAAAGACUGAGUUUAAUUUUAAUUUCUCUUUCUGAGGGAGCUUUAUUUGACUGUGUUGAGUUCAUUUGGUAGACAAAACAAAUAAUAAAUUAAAUUUUUGAGUGUUUACUAUUA